AUGGCAGAGGAGGAGUAUGUCAUUCGAGUGGUUGAUGAAAAAAACGGAAUAAUUUAUGCUACAACAAUUGACAUGCACGCAAAGACCAAUUUCCGAAGUUCAGAAAGUUCAGAUGGUAGUGCUGCGAUCACUACAGAUAAGAUGGAACUGUUGUUGCCUGAUUCAUCUGGUGGCGGCCUUGGAGUUAACGACAGUUCUGAAGUAGAAACCAUUAGAAAAAUGAAUCAUUCUGCAACCGACUACGUGCAAAUGGCUUUCAGUCAGUUAGUAUUUUCUAUUUGA